CAUUGAUACUUUUUGAGAUCGAUAUAUAAUUGAUAUAUAUUGAAGGUUCAUCAUAAUUAAAACACCACAGCCUUCAGUCAUCAACACCAUGGACCCCUCACAACAACCAUCAAGCAGUCAAGCUGCCGGAGGGCCUCCGACGCUCUCACCCGAAGCCAUCGCGUUUGCUGGGAGAAUGUACGAUUCUGCUAGAAGAGGCGAAGUCGCUGUUUUUGAACAGGCACUUCCAGCUGGACUGCCUGCGAACAUGACAAAUGAAAAAGGGGACACACUGCUCAUGCUCGCCGCAUAUCACGGACACGCAGAGCUAGUGAAGCUGCUGAUACAACACGGGGCUGACCCAAACCGCGUCAACGACAGAGGGCAGAGUCCCCUCGCCGGAGCCGUGUUUAAGAAGGAGGAUGAGGUUAUCGAUGCGCUGUUAGAAGGUGGUGCAGACCCUGAUUAUGGCAAACCGACUGCGAUGGAGUGCGUGACCAUGUUUAAUCAGGAAGAUAUAUGGAAGGCCAAGUUUGAGGCUGCUCCUGGAAGGGGCAAGGGAAAGCCGCCUGCCUUGGAUUGAUAAUAGUCGUGAUGUGGUAGUUUGUUUGGAUGGAUGUUCGAUGUAAUUUGAUGUAGGUUAGUUGUUUAAUACCAGAAGCGUGAUGCUUUUUUGAUU